CGGGGCCCUGGACCGGCCAACUCCCGGAGCUGAGCCUCCAUCCCUUUUAAGGACUGACCCCCGGGAGGAGGAGCCGCCGCGGUAGCAUAAGCAGUAGGAGGAGGAUCCGAAGGGGAUGUGUGGCGGGGUUGGAGGCGGGGUCUCAGAAAUCGCUGCUCCCUCCUCUCCGCCUCCUGACUUCCCCUCCGGGUCCCCGGCUCCAGCCGCCGCAGUCGAUGCUGCCUCAGCCUGAAAUGAUUCCAGGCAGAACCAUGGAAAAAGAAUUGCCAUUGGUGUACCUGUCUCUGAACAACGUGUGACUGGACUGUGGAAGCCCUUUUCUCCCCUGCCUCAUGAGAGGUGGUGAGGGACACCAUCCGGUCUCUUAAGACAUGGGGCUAAACUUGACUUUUCAGCUUUCCUAUAAAUUCCGAUUGUUGCUGCUCUUUGCCUUGUGCGUGCUGGUGAUUGGAUGGGUCACCUCAAACUACCUGAUUGCUGCCAUCCAAGAGUUUCCUAAAGUAAAGAUUUUCAACAGGUCCAUAAAUUGGAAGGAGUUAACAUCAUCUAAUGAGGCUUCCAUAACAAAAUUAAAACUGGAAAAAUGUCCUCUUUUGUCUCCACACCUGAGAGGACCCAGCAAACUCAUUUUCAAGUCAAAUCUCACAUGGGAAGAAGUACAGAAAGAGAAUCCUAAAGUUCAGAAUGGCCAUUACCACCCAGAAGACUGUAAGGCUUUACAGCGGGUUGCUAUCCUCAUUCCACACCGGAAUAGAGAGAUACACUUAUUGUACCUGCUGGAGCAUCUCCAUCCCUUCUUGCAGAGGCAGCAAGUGGAAUAUGGCAUCUAUGUCAUUCACCAGGCUGCAAGGAACAAAUUUAACAGGGCCAAGCUCUUGAACGUGGGCUACCUAGAAGCUCUUAAGGAAGAAAACUGGGAUUGUUUUAUAUUCCACGAUGUGGAUCUGGUACCAGAGAAUGAUCAUAACCUCUAUAUGUGUGACACUCAGCCCAAACACCUGGUGGUUGGCAGAAACAACACUGGCUACAGGUUGCGUUAUAAGGGAUAUUUUGGAGGUGUUACUGCUCUAACGAGAGACCAGUUUUCCAUGGUGAAUGGAUUCUCCAACAACUACUGGGGCUGGGGCGGAGAAGAUGAUGAUCUCAGAAUAAGAGUGGAGAUACAAGGCAUGACUAUAUCUCGGCCACCUCCUUCCAUAGCCAAAUACACAAUGAUCUUCCAUACCAGAGAUAAAGGCAAUGAGGUAAACUCAGCAAGGAUGAAGCUAUUACAGCAGGUGUCACGAGUUUGGCAAACAGAUGGACUGAACUCUUGUUCUUAUAACCUGCUUUCCAUGAAACCCAAUCCUUUAUAUAUCAACAUCACAGUGGAUUUCCUUGAGACUUCAUAAUCCUGCAUUUUUCUAUUGAGAUUAUUUUUCUGGGGGAAAAAGAAUGUCCAUUUGAUUGAAAUGUCUGGAAAUUUGGAACUUGAUAUCCCCCAACCACAGUUCUUCUUGCCUCUGCCACCAAGCAGUAGACACAAUGAAGAAUUGGCUGCUUGGGGAUGACUGAUUUGAAUUUUCCCUUCCUGUUUUAGUGAGAAGCAUUGCUGCUGAGGUGGUGGAACAGAAUUGGAACAGAAAGGCUUUCUUCCAGAUGAACACAAGCAAAAAAGAGAUGAACCUUUUAUAGCACAGUGUCAAAGCUGUUUGGGAGCAUUUGUUAAAAGUGAAUUGUUUAGGUGUGAAAAAGUAACAGCUUGGGACCAGAAAGCAUGGGUUGCACAAAAUAGUAUUGCUGGAUUGUCAGAGGGGUCAAGGCUGCUCUUGGUUACAACAGAAAGGUAGAAAGGUAUAUAUGAGUGUCACUAGAUAAGACUGACUUAGAGAUCUCUGAGGAGAGGGCAUUGAGUAGAGAAGGAGAGAGACACAAAGGUACAGGGGAGGGCAGUUCCUCAAGAAUCAUUGGAAUAGAAAUUCAUAGCUGAACAAAGGUACAGGACAGCGUUGUUUGAGAAAGAGGAGGCAGUGGGGGAAAUGGAAUAUAAUUCCUCCCUAUUUAUUUUCUACCUCUUAUAACUAGUCUCUUCCUCUCCCCUUCUGGGGUGUGGGUAGGACAAAUAAGGGAGCAAUAUAUGAGUUAGGAAGAUUUCUUAGAAAAAGAAAAACCCAUCAUUUCUCAUUGUCUUCCAUUCUUCCUUUUCUUUGCCACCUCUUUUUGGGAAUCUUCCUUGUACUUAGCCUUGUACUAUGUCUACCUAGACUGUUUCUCCAUCCCUUUAGUUUAUCAUUUUAGGUUUCACCAGGGCUGAGAUUUUUAGCUAGUCCUCAUCUUGGUUGUUUUUUUCCCCCACCUGAUUUUAUCCUCUAAUUGCUUAGCUCUGCAUUCUCCUAGCUCAGUGAUGGUGAACCUUUUUUAGAGACUUGAAUGCCCAAAUUGCCCUUCAUGCGACAUGUGAACUGUUCCUUUACCCCAGACAGGGAAGGGAGGAAGAGCUUCCAUUGGCUUCUGGGCCGAGGGGUGGGGCAUGAGAAAUGUCCUCAGAUGGGCAUGGAGAGGGGAAGGGAGAAGCCCCCCUCCAACAUGUGUACCAUAGGUUCGCCAACACAAUCCUAGGUUUCAUCCUCUAUUCUACAUCCUCAACUCUACAUCCACAUCUACAUUUAUUGAGGUCCUUCUUUCUCUAGGGCCUUAUUCAGGUGCUAUGUCUUAAAAGAAAUAUCCUGAAGGGUAGCUAGGUGGCUCAGUGGAUUGAGAGCCAGACUUAAGAGACGGGAGGUCUUAGGUUCAAAUCUGACCUCAGACACAUCCUAACUCUGUGACCCUGGGCAAGUCACUUAACCUUAUUGCCUAGCCCUUAUUUCCUCGUCUGCCUUAGAAUCAAUACAUAUUCUAGGACAAAAGGUAAGAGUCUUAAAAGAAAAGAAAAAGAAAGAAAUAUCCUGCCAUGAUCCACCAACAGAAAAUCAUUUCUCUCACUUUUUCUGGAACAUUUUGCCCUUUUCUCAGUCUUGGGAUUCUAGAUAGUUCUUGCCGGGUCUGUAGCCUUGAUCAAGUCCCUGAACUUCUGUUCUACACCUUCUUCUUCAUCAAAAUGAAAGGAGCCCAACUAGAUAAUUUCAGUGUUCCUUUUCAGCUGUAAAUCUAAUGAUUCUACCUUGCAUCAUUCUCGUUUGUGUGUUACCUCUUGUCCCUGCCAUUAGCUCAUAAGCUUCUAGAGGACAGAGAUUGUGACAUUUUUCAUCUGUGUUGAAUUGAGCUGAAUCAUCCAUUUUUAAGCAAUUGCUCCUCAUCAUCUCUCAGAUUUAAUUCUUUGGCCUUUUCUUCACCUGCCACUUUCUGAGUCGGGGCCUGGGCAAUAGAUUGAUGAUCUCAUGGAACUUUGUGGAAUUUCCACUUUCCCAGAUCAAAUGAGGAGUUGAAAUUAUUCCACUGGUCUUAUGAAAAGGACUGGUGUGGCUCCUCUUAUUUCUCUGUUUUCUAAAUAAGUAGCCAAUAGCAUUUGCUUGGGACUGUUCUUUACUACUCAUAAGAUAGAAAACAUGUUGCCUACUAAAUAUUCUAGAUUUUUUAAAUAAAGAACUUUUUUUACAUGCCAUUUGUGAAUCAAUCAAUUGUAUUAUAGCCACAAAGUAUGUCCAAAGUGACUUUUGGAGUCAAUAUUUUAAUAUUUCAAAAGAUCUGUGUUUUGUCAUUUAUUGUCACCGAUACAGAUCAAAAACUUUCCACAAUUUUGUGUGGGUCUUACCAGUGUAUUUAAAAAAAAAGCAACAAGAAGUCAUCUCUUAGUGGCCUACCUUCUGGUGAUAGGCCCCCAUCAAACAUAAAAUCAAGCUGGUGCUUACCUUGGACAAUAGACAAUGGGGGUCAUUCGUUGCUGGGCUUUCUCAUAAACCCUUGAUGGUCCCUGAAUCUCGGCCUUCGGUACUUCUAGGGUUAUUUUGAAAUCUCUCUUCAGAAGACAAGGAAGUGGCUUGCUUGCUCUCAGUUGAAAGAGUCCUAUCCUUCUGACUGAAUGUACACAUCCUUUGUGUGAAACAUUCUCUAAAAUGUAGGGAGUGUUAAGAAAACUAGCAUCUCUGGGGCUAUCAGAGAGCUUUAUGCUUUAGAGAGUCUCAGAGCAGGAUCUCAUGCUCGAAAGAGAUGAUCUUCAGUCUUUCUGGUUUCUCUCCUCUUCAUAGCUUCCUGUUUCUAUAUUCCGCCCCCAGAUUCAGUUUAGUUGUUACAAAACCAUCCACUCUUCACCUCUGCGGGGCAUCAUUUUUACAUUCCUCUGCAGGGUCUGGCUCGUCUCUUUGGAAGCUUGAAAGGAGUAAAUAUCCCUUUUUCAUAGUCUACACUAAUAUUUCCAGUGCCUGGCUGUUCAGAUCUCUCCGGUGGCAUUGGACUCUCUUUCCUUUCCCUCUGUUCCAGUUUUACCUUUGUGAAUCAUCUUUUUUUGGUGAAGGAACUUCAUGUUUAGCAACAGGAAGAUUUGCUACAUCUGGGACCUUCCUAGAUAUUGCAAUCUUCCACGUGGUACAAAUAUUCUGUUUGAAACAAUCUUAUUGAAAAAUCUUGUUCAUAGUUAUAUUCACCUGUGUUAAAUUAAUUCAUUUAAAUAUUACAAUAAAGCCAAGAACAUCAGGGGAUUAGGGUCCCCUGGAAUAUUAGUGCCCCCCCAAACCAGCAUUAACCCUGUUUUUAGCCUGGCCUGCAGCCAUCAUCUACAAAAAUAAACCCUGUGCCACCUCCUCCCACCAACGCAGCUGCUACACAUAGGGCAGACGAGGGUUCUGGUGGCGAAAACCCAGGACCCGGGAUUGCUGUUAUUGCCCUCAAAAAGAAAGCUCGUUUUAAUUGUCUGUUCUGGGUGGUGGCCGGGCGAGGGGCAGUCUGUGUAGGACACAUUCAGGAACCGUAGCUUGUACAAGGCAUUAAAAUACCCACACGAGGCUUGUCCUAGGCCCCUAUGCUAGGAUCUCCCCCCAGAGGUCCUGGGGCAGCGGUAGCCCCCUGAGGGGGUCUUGCCCUGGCCAUCGCUCUCUGCCAGCUUUUUGCCUCUGACACUGAUUUGUUGAAAGUGGUUGCCUGUCUUGCACUGCCUGAGAGCCUGGUGGUUUUCAAAAUGCUCAGAAAGGAGGGUCCCUAGCAGCCACAUCGUUCCAAUGGGGCUGUGGAUGUCAAAUUAGCUUAUGAUGAACAAUUAAAUAAUCCGCCUGUAUGUUUGCGAUUGAUUGGAGAUUGGGGGGAAGAUUUUGGAAGCUUCAAAUAAUGAAUCAAAUCAUGAAAGAAUAUUAUCCCCCUUAGCUGUGUGCAGGAAAGAAAUGCCAAGGCAACAAAGGCAGAAACUAGUUCUUUAGCAAAAAACCUCCAGAAAUUUGGGAAAUUAUUAUUAUUUUUUAAACCAUUUCUUUCUGUCUUAGAAUCGAUGCUACGUAUCACAUCCAAGGCAAAAAAUGGUACGGUAGGGCCAUUGGGAUUAAGUGACUUGUCCAGAGCCACACAGCUAGAGGGAAUUAAAAUAAAAAUCACCAAGAGUUUGGAGGCAGUUCUUCAGGUAAUGGUUAGAGUUAGCUUGGGAACCAGGAAGAUCAGUAUUUAAGUUCUGCCUCUGAUAGAGCAUAGCUGUGUGCCUGGACAAGAUCCUCAGUGCUCCAGGUCAGUGAUGUCAAAUCUAAAUACAGCCACAAAGCUCGUCCAUGAGGAGCCCUACCAGAUGCAUAUUGACAUAGGAAAUCGUCUAUUGAUAUGUUUCUUUUUUAUUAACUUACCAACACAUUAACAUCAGAUGGGAACUGCAGUUUAAUUUGGUUUGGACUAUAGUCACGAUUGCUGAGGGCUGUAUGUUUGCUGAAGUAAGAUGCAGAAAAGGUGCUGAGCCGUGUGGUAAGAGAGAUUCCUUCCCUGGAAUCCUCCUUUUUUAAUGAAGCCGCCCACAUCUAGGCUCUAUCCCCGGGAGCUUAGUAGAGCCUUGAGUUGUCCUACUGAGGCUGGAAACAGCUGGUGCUUUUCCCCAGUCACUGAAAAGCUCAGUGUUACGUGGAAGCCAGUAUUUGUUGGGGAGUAAAUGGUUAGGACGCCUCUGAUGUCAAGUGCUGCCUGGAGUAAAAACUCGUGAUAUUUGUGAAUGGAUUUCCCAGCGUUUAAGCGCUAGGUAAGAUUCUCUUGAACUAGACACCCAGGAGAGUAACUGAAGCUGUAUAGCAUAAAACAGCGAUAACGUGUGCGUGUGUGUCUGCACAAAUGCCUAUGUACACACACUUCUACAAAGAUACAAUCAUCUCUUAGCAAAACUGGGUUCAGAAUAAAAAGUAGAUUUUUUAAAUAAAAAGUAUUCAUCUAAGUUGAGAAAUAUGCACCAGAGGGAUUGUUCUGGGCCAGCUCUGUAGAAGAUGAGCUCAGGGGUUAGCUGAAAUUCUCCCUUCCUUUUUGCUGAGUUCCCAGGGACUUUGUAGGCUUUGGAGGUGGCAGUAAGAAGGGAUCCUGGAGGUCUUUUUGGACCUGGAGGGUUCUGACACUGGGCUAGUACAACCUAGCGAAUAAAGGCACAUUGCAUCUCAACUUGACUGGUGUCAGUCAUUGAUCCACGGUGUGUGUGUACUAUGUGAGGAGGGUACAGGGUGUCACAAUGAUUCUUGGCAUCACACGCAGUAUUUGAACUGGAUCAAUCAGACGUUCGAGGGUGGCAAGGGGACCCAUUGGUCAUCUAGUCCAACCCAUAUGUGAAAAGAUUCCGUGUCAUAAUAUAUAACGUUAUAAAUUUUAUAUAUAAUUAUAUAUUAUAUAAUAAUGUAAUAUAAUGUUAUAUGAAAUAGAAAUACUAUAACAAACAUUUUUUAAAUUACUACUUCAAACAUUCCAGGUAUCAUAGGUCCUGGGUACAAAUAUGACCUCAGAUACUUCCUAGCUGUAUGACCCUGGACAGGUCACUUAUCCUCUACUGCCUAGCCCUUACCACUCUUCUGCCUUGGAACCAAUGCACAGUAUUGAUUCUAAGAUGGAAGGUUUAAAAAAAAAAAAGCUGCUUCACAAAGCAGCCCAAGACAACAUUAUUUUUAAAUGUCACAUCAUAUAAGGGACUCAUUGAACUUCCAGCCCAUUAAAACAUCUAUUUUUUUUUUAAAGAGAAAAUCUGCUCCCUAAACUUGGCUCCCCUGUUUUGCAUAGGUGAAAGCUGGUUUUUUAAUACCUAAGAGCACAGCUUUCCAGUUAUUCCUAUUGAAUUUCAUCUUGGAUUCAGUCCAGGACUCUACUGCAGGAAGAGCUUUCGGGAUCCUGACCGUCUUCCAUGUUUUAGCUAUUUCUCUCAGCUUUGUGAUCUGCAGGUGGAUGAGCAUACCAUCUGUACUCUUCUCCAAGUUGCUGAUAACAAUGUUAAGCAGUUUAGGGCCGACCAAGGAUGCCUAGGAUAUUCCUAGAAGAGACCUUGUAGAUGUUGACAAUCAACUUUGGACUACUUUUCAUUCUGGUCAUCUGACUGGUUCUGACUCUUCUUAAUUCUAUUAACAUCCAAUCCAGGCCAAUCAAUGACCUGAGCUUGGAAGGAAACUAGAGAUUCUUUUUUUUUUUAGUUUUACAUUUUUUAUUUUUUAUUUUAUUUUUUUAAAUAUAUUUUAUUUGAUCAUUUCCAAGCAUUAUUCGUUAAAGACAGAUCAUUUUCUUUUCCUCCCCCCCCCGCCCCCCAUAGCCGACGUGUAAGUCCACUGGGCAUUAGAUGUUUUCUUGUUUUGAACCCAUUGCUUUGUUGAUAGUAUUUGCAUUAGAGUGUUCAUUUAGAGUCUAUCCUCUGUCAUGUCCCCUCAACCUCUGUAGACAGGCAGUUGCUUUUUCUCGGGGAAACUAGAGAUUCUAAGAAGUGGGGGGUGGGGGGUGGGGGUGGGGGGAGGAAGGAGUACAUUCUGUAUCACCAGGUCCCUGUCGUGACAAACUCCAUGGGAAUGAAUGGUUAAGGGGUCUCUCCCUGGGGACAAGGCAAAUGAUUCGAAAUCCUAGAAUCUCCAAAUUGGAAAGAUCCAGGAGCUGAUCUGGUUCACUAUCUUGGACCUGAAUAAAAAUGUCUUACCAAAUACCUGACUAGUGGACUUCCAACAUUUACUUGAAGACCUCAGGAGAGGGGAAACCAUCUGCUCUCUUUGUUUUUGGACAUCUCUGUUUAUGAGGGAGUUUCUCUUUACAAUGGUGCCAAAAUACGCAUCUUUGAGGCUCUUGUUCAUUUCUGUUAUUUUUGGAACAAAACAGAAAAAGGCUCACCAUUUUAACAUGACAGCUCUUACAGGGUAGCGUUCCCUUUCUUUCCUCUCCCAACUCUUCUUUUUGUCAAGAUGAAUAUCCCCAGGCUAAAUAUUUCAUCAGGCAGAACAUCCUUUAAUUAUAAUCUGUACAUUAAAUUCAUUCAACAAGCAUUUAUGAAAUACCUAUUACAGAUGCUUUUUUAAUGAAAAUUCACAUUAUGCAAAUUUCACCUGAAAGAGUUCUGAAAGAAAUCCAAAUUCCAAAAAAAACCCACCUCCUAUAUUAACUUUACCAAACAGUAUUGUGCUGAGCUCUGCCUUCCUUUUAAAACCUUUAAAAACCCUCCUCCAAGGCAAAACAGAAAAACUAAUAGGGAGAGACCACUGCUGACUCCACCACUUUUUGGUGCCUGAAAGAAGAAACCUUUGCCCCACUCUGGACCGGCUCAUUUAUCUGUCUAACAACCUGCCUCUCUGCAGUGUUUAUCUCUGGCCCAAUUGUCUGUCCUCUCCUGUUUGUGUCUGGCUCCCUGCAUAUUAUGUAAAAAUCUCAGUUCAUUUGCCUUAUUACCUCUUUGGGGCACAAACCCAACGGUGGUAUGCCUGGGUCAAAGGGCAGACAGUCUUUUAGCGCCCUUUGAGCAUAGUUCCAAAUUGCCCUCCAGAAUGGUUGGAUCAAUUCACAAAUCCACUAGUAGUGUAUUAGUGUCCCAAUUUUGCCACUUCCCCUCCAGCAUUUAUCACUUUCUUUUGCUGCCAUGUUGGCCAGUCUGCUAGGUGUGAGGUGAUACCUCAGAGUUGUUUUAAUUUGCAUUUCUCUAAUCCAGAGGAAUUUAGAACACUUUUUCAUGUGCUUAUUAAUAGUUUUGAUUUCUUCAUGUGAAAACUGCCUAUUCAUGUCCCUUGACCAUCUGUGAAUUUGACUUAGUUCCUUAUAUAUUUGGGAUGUUAAACCUUUGUCAGAGAGUUUUGUUAUAAAAAUAUUCUCACAGUUUGUUGCUUUCCUUCUAAUUGUGGUUGCAUUGGUUUUCUUUGUACAAAACCUUUUUAAUUUGGUAUAAUUAAAGUCAUUCAUUUUACAUUU